AAUGAGAGAGAGAGAAAGGGAGAAAGAGAGAAAGGGAUUGUGGUCAAGGAAAAAGGACCAGUUCUCACAAGAGUCUGACUUUGCAGUCAGGGAUAGUGAGGCUUGGAAAGUGAGCGAUGGAUAAAAGAAGGGAUGGAGUAGUCAUAGAUGAGCAGAGAGAAAGAGACACGGAAGAAGGGGUGGGAUGGACAGAGAGGUGAAGAUAAACUGCCCACUGCAGAUUAUUACGGGACAAGAGAGGGCAAGAGAAACAAGGGAGGGAGGGAGGAAGAACGUGAACUGUACAGUACAAGUUGAAAGAAGAGACAAAUGCACUUGAUGCUGACUCUGAGGAAACAGACGAGGGAAAGGAUGAGGGCGCUUGACUGACGGCAGAACCCCCAAGAAGGUGGAGACGAGGAACGCAUUCUUCGGGACCACUCCCAAGACAUAUCACCGAACUUAAUGGGCCGUUUGAAAGGUUUGACGGUGGCUAAGAGUUGAUAGCUUCGUGGGAUUUGCACCCAGUUAGAGACGGAUCCACCCAAUCUGUGAAGGAUUGAUGAAUUUUUGCCACUGCCACAGGAAGUACCUUGUUGCUUUUUUGCAGAUUUGCACCAACCUGGUGUAGCACGCGAACAGGAGGCCACUGAACGCUUUGGAUCGGGACUCGGGAUGCCACCUCAGUGGUUGUCGCAGUGACCGAGGCAGUGCCAGAUGUUGAUCCUGCACGCAACUAAAUUGAUUAUUACGUCAGUGACCUCUACAUAGACAAAUGAUUCCAGUUUGAGGCACUGGGGUGCCCAUUAGUCUCAAAUUUCUGUGUCAACAUCAACAAAACCCGGAUUUAAAAGCCACUCAGGACUUGAAAUGAAACAUGAUCGUUUUAACAGCAAAAUCAGUGCAGUGUGUCCGUAGCUUCCAAGUCGCAAUUCCACAUUGUACUCAUCUGGAUCUACUGAAUGAAUUUCCAUUUUCUUCUGCCUCCCGUCUCACACCAAAACAUGCACCUCUGAAUCAACAAUCUUGAAUAUUGCAGCAACGCCACAGAGUUUGAAAUGCUCUUGUCUGUUGUUGACACUUGCAAAUAACAUUUGCGGCCCACGAUGGCUUUUAGACAUCUGGACUGUGUACAAGAACUGCAAUCCAGCUCUUUAUUUAUGUGAUGGGGCUUUCAAGAAGAAUGACCUAACAUGGAAACACUGACUUCUCUUCUCCUCUGCAAAAUAAGUGUAACUAGACCGGACUCCUUUUCCCAUGCACACUGCUAGCUUGACGUUCUGCCAAAAAUAUCCCCUGAUUUUCCUUUUAAAUAUUCUUCUAAAGGAACUAAUGAAAUGAAUCUCUCUUUUUGAGACACUCUGCGUCUGGCACCAUGCUAUAUCGGCCAGUUGGCUUUGUCCCGUGUUAGUAUACACACUAGCAGAUUAAUAGUUCCUGUAGUUCCAGAGGCUCUUGCGCCAAGAGCCAAAACCAGCGCAGUCAUGGGUAUUCAGGGAAUGGAGUUGUUUGCCAUCGGAGUGGUCAUCAUUUUGUUUGUUGCUGUUCUCAAACAGUUCGGCAUUCUGGAACCCAUGUCCCUGGAAGACAGCAGUGACAGUGACCUUGAGCUGUCCACGGUGCGACAUCAGCCCGAGGGUCUGGAGCAGCUGCAGGCUCAGACCAAAUUCACCAAGAAGGAGCUGCAGUCCCUUUACAGGGGCUUCAAAAACGAGUGCCCAAGUGGUUUGGUUGAUGAGGAAACUUUCAAAACCAUCUACUCGCAGUUCUUUCCCCAAGGGGAUGCCACCACAUAUGCCCACUUCCUGUUUAAUGCAUUUGAUCUCGACAGAAAUGGCUCGAUUCGUUUUGAGGACUUUGUGAUUGGUCUGUCCGUGUUGCUGAGAGGAUCUGUCACUGAAAAGCUCAACUGGGCUUUCAAUCUUUAUGACAUCAACAAGGAUGGAUACAUCACUAAAGAGGAGAUGCUGUUAAUCAUGAAGUCAAUCUACGACAUGAUGGGCAGGUAUACCUACCCCAGUGUGCGAGAUGAAGCUCCAUCUGAACAUGUGGAAAAGUUCUUCCAGAAAAUGGACAGAAAUCGAGAUGGAGUGGUCACUAUUGAGGAGUUUAUUGAAACCUGUCAGAAAGAUGAAAACAUCAUGAACUCCAUGCAGCUCUUUGAAAAUGUGAUAUAGGAUGGGAGUGGAGCGAUCCAAAGCUAAAACAGCCCUCAAAGCGCCAGUCCGGUUCUCUCCACAUGUCUAUAUAUCAACCUAGCACAGCAGUCACUCUCUGUCUUGUCCUGUAGCACUACACCCAUGCCUGCUGCACUCCGUAGAAUCCUAUAGACCAACACAUAACCUACAGUAUGGCUUCAGAGUUUGUACUUCACAGCAGGACUACUUUUAAAAAGAAAAGCCUGGAUGGCUGGGAUCCUUUCAGCUGCUAAAUACUAGAAACCAUGUGAUGGAACUUUCUGAUCAGAAUAAACAAAUGAAGUAGCAAAGCCAGGUUUUCAUCACUGGUUCAUGGAUUCCAAUGGGCUCUCUAACGUCUGUAAAAAACCAUCACCGCUCUGGGCUGCUUUCUUCUGCGUUUUGAAUGAGGGAGAUUACAAGACUCAAUCUCAACCCUCCAGAUACCAGAGUUUGAAGGAGAAGUACAGCAAUUAGGGUUUUCAAGGGACCUAAAGGAAGGUCCAGGACCAGUGACGAUUUGAAGCACACCAGAGACUACACGUAAAACGACCAAAAGAACAAAAUAAUUGUGAUGAAAACCGACCUGAAGCAUGCCUGUCCAAAUAUGUGAGAUAUUUGUGAUUUUCUUGCAUGAAAGUUGUAUGUUUUCUUCCUUGUAAGCCAGUAGGUCCCACAGAAGACUGUAAGCAAACUAAAGCAACUGUAUGUGUGAAGUUACAUAGUGUACCGAGUUCUGCUCAAACCUGUAUUGCACAUAUCUGUGGGGCCAGGGUGAUUUCCUUGGUCACAUUUGAUUCUUGCACAGCAAUGAGGUAUAUUAAAAAUUAUAUUUACACUAUAGGCAUUUUAGAAGUAUAGAAGUAUGCGUUUUAUUUUCAGAUAUGUAUUUAUUUGUCAAGUGGCAUCUAAAGGACAGGGUUUGGCCGUGAACGGACAUGUCCAGAUUAUUAAGAAUGUGGUUUACAAGUUUUAUUAUGCUCAAUGAAAAAUAAUUUGGAUUUAUAUAUACAAUAUGUAUAUAUAACACAUAUAUUAAAAAGACUGAGAUAUAUUCUGGACGAGAAGCUCGAUUAUCCUUCUUUUUUACUUUUGCCCACAUAUUGCUUUGUAAAUGUGACAUGUCAUUUCAUCAAGUACAGUAUAAUAUGGGCAAACAUGGGAAUCUCCUUCUUAUAUGACAAUCAUAUCAUCAGGAGCAUGGAUAGUUUUUACUUUUACGCAACAAUCCCCUUCUAUUUGGGGAUGUGAGAAAUUAUUGCUCACCUAUAAAGGAACAAAUACUAUGAUGAAGAUGAAGUUAUAGUAAAGGUUCAAACUUCAAACUCUGAUUUCUGUUCACUUUUAGUAAAAGCACCUAAAUGACCCAAAAGCUCUUAUUUAUUUAUUCAAUGUUUGUUUGGUGGGUUGGAGAAGAAAGUUUAAUGUCCAACGAAUAAAAGAUGCACAACUCUUGAUCAAAA